AUGUCUUACUACGAGCCUCAAUCACCUGCCUCCUGGCAGCAGAACCCUCGUCCCGGCUGGGACCCCCGCUCGGGCCCGUCCACUCCUUCGCAUGCUACAGCAUACUCGAAGGACAUCCAAGGGCCGUCGGCCGACCUCACUACUCGGUUCACCGCUCAGAUGAAGCCCGAGGAUCCAUCCGCUUUCGGAUCUCAGCUUGAUGAGGUUGACCGUGCUGUUGACAACCUCGUCAAGAGUGGUAAGAUGUUCAAUCCUCCGCGUCGGGACUCGAUGCCGAUGAUGCCCGGGGCUGUCCCUCGAUUCCCCGUCGAGCAGCAUGACCAGCGAGUCCUUGGGCAGAUGCCGGUCCGUCACUAUUCUGUUCCGGACUUUGAAGCAAUCAGAUCGCCCUCUGCUGCUAAUCUGCAGAACUUCUAUGCGACCCAGCGGUUCCAACCCCGUCCGGCGGUGCCCCAGCAGCCUCAAGCGGCGGAGCCCGAGCCCAUCGUGCAGGCUAAGAGGAGGGCCGCGGCUCAGCGCGAGCGCGAACUGCGCAACUACCAUCAGGAGCAGCAGUAUAACAGGAGUGCGUCUUCCAAUCCUGUGCUCGUUAAACGGGACCCCGCUCAUACCGGUCCUCUAGCUGUCUUGGCCGAGAUCAAUUCUUUCGGUAAGGACCGCGUCAUGAGCCCUGGGGCCAUGAGCGAGGAAGAUCGUCGUGAUCUUAUCGCUCGUCAACAUCGUGCUCUUUACAGUGCUCAUUCUGAGGGCGCCCAUUCAGAGGACGGCAACAACCACCUAGACGACGGUUCUCGCAACCUGAACCUCAACUCGAACGGGGCCUCGGCACCCGCCUCCAAUGCUGGUGGAACUCGUGGUCCGUCUCCUCUGCUCACCUUUUACCCCUUCGGUCCCCAGAAUGGUCGGGAUGGCAACGUUGAUGCUACUGCAGUUCACACGCCUGCCUCGGAGCAUCCUCCCAACGGGAGUCAGAGUGCUGGUGCCGUUUCUCCCAACCACGCUCGCGCGAACAGUGGUUCGCCAUCCAUGCAGGGCAGUUUCAGCUUAUCCGCCAAUGCAUACGCAGGUGUCCAGGGCUUCUCGAACCGUACGAGCGCGUCCUCCCCAGGUGGCUCGCCACCACGAUCUCAGCGGGGAUCCGUGGCUCCGGGUUCGUCCUCGGUAGCCCCGAUCGGCACCCGUCCGUCGUCCCAGGCGCAGAACCAGGCCCUCAACAACGCCAAGCGUUCGACCACCCCUCUCGCGUCUCCUCUCAGCUACGGCUUUGGCGCCUCUGAGUCGGACCCGUUCAACAACCUCCCGAAAGAGAGGUCUUCCUCGGCCGCGUCCAGCGAGCAGCACACCAACAACAACACCAACGCUCAGGGCAACGACGGCCUGGGCUGGAGUAAAGUGUGGGGACCUGGUAGCAAGGGUCUCAACAACGUCGCCAGCGUUUGGGGUUAA